AUGCAAAAGCUCCAUGACGAAUCUGACAGAAUAAUAGAAAACAUUAUCAAUGAAUGUAAGAAGUCUGACAGGAGCGAAGGAGAUGAACAUCUGGCUGACGUUCUCUUGAAACUUCAAGAGCAAGGUGAUAUUGAACACUCGUUGACUACAGAAAAUAUCAAAGCGCUCCAAGAGAAUGUAGAGAGACAUGUGAGAUUGAUGGAUUCAAUGUACCCGCCAAAACCAAAGUCUUUGUCAAUACGUGGGCAUUUGAAAGAUAUCCAGAGUAUUGGAACGAACCUGAGAGUUUUAUUCCAGAAAGGUUCAUUGGUUGUUCUGUUGGGGACUAAUUUUGAGUACAUACCAUUUGGUGCUGGAAAGAGGAUGUGCCCCGGGGUUCCUUUUGGUCUAGCCAAUUUGGAGCUUCCUCUAACAAUGUUGGUAUACCAUUUGACUGGAAACUUCCUAAUGGAAUGA